AUGAAUGUGACUUACAAUGAUAUUCAAAUUGACUUAGGGUUGUCUAAUACUGGCGGACAAGUAGAUUACCCUCCUAUCAGACGGUCGAUUUAUGUUAACACUUCAUGUUUUGUAUUAUGUUUUUCACUUGUUUAUUUAGAUUCCUAUAAAAAUCUCAAAACACGUUGGCUGCCAGAAAUUAGACAGAAAAAUAAAUACUCUCCAAUAUUGUUAGUUGGCCUCAAAAGUGAUUUAAGGGAAUCGGAAGAAAAAAUUGAAAGUAAUAUACCAAAAGGUAUUUAUCAAAGAAUUACAACAGUACAAGGUCUUCAGAUGGCAAAAGAUAUAGGAGCUAAGGGAUACGUUGAAUGUUCUUCUAUGAAUGACAGUAAUGUUAAUUUGGUUUUUGAAAGGGCCAUACAAAUUAGCAUUGA